UAGACGGUGGCGGGUGCGGAGAGUGUCAACCGUCAACAAGAAUGUCGGUGCUCCUCAGCUCCACCUUACGUUCUCCUUGUGUUUCUCCUCGUCUUUCUCCUCUUCUGUUAAAAGCUACCAAAAAAGGAAAAUUCCUAUGUCUUUGGUUUUGGUUGGAGAUCGAUUGAUCAAUCGGUCUCCCAAGAACGACAACAACAACGAAGAAUGGGUUCCAAUUCGUCGUUCUAUUGUCUUUUUGGCUUCUUCCUUCUGACGGGUUUCGCUGCAGCGGCUUCUCAUAUUUCCAAUGGCGCAUUCGAAGCUGACAGACACUCCGGCCGUACCCUUCUUCAAGCCAAAAAGAAAUGCCCCGUAAACUUUGAAGGUAUGAAUUACACGAUCGUUACAAGCAUGUGCAAAGGACCUCAAUACCCAGCCGAUAAAUGUUGUUCAGGUUUGAAGGAAUUUGCUUGUCCACACGCAGACGAAGUAAGUGACAUGACAAAUGAUUGUGCUUCGACCAUGUUCAGCUACAUAAACCUCUACGGAAAAUACCCACCUGGCCUUUUUGCCAAUUUGUGCAAAGGAGAUGAUAAAGGUCUUAAAUGCAGCGAUGCAGAAACGGUGCAAAAAAAUACUGUCAAACCUAACAGCGCUCACAUAGCAGCAACUGAGUCCAAACUGCUGAUGCUCGCAGCCGGCUUUCUGGUAUUACUAUUCCACCUGUUCUAGAAGAUGCAAUGUGGUUAAAAUUUUAUGCAACAUAUGAUGUUCCAUGAUAGUUCAUACGAUGUCAUAAUCUGUUCUUGAGUGAAUAUUGAAAUGUAUUUUACAAUCCUGAGGCCAAAUGGCUAUGCAAGUAGAGGAUGAGAAAAGAAACGUAACUUGUGAUUAUUUUU